CAGGAGGAGAUAAGACUUUAAAUCUUGAUUGGUCGACCCGUUUUGAGAUAUGCAUGGGAGUAGCCAGAGGUCUUGCCUACCUCCACGAGGAGGCGAGUGUUCGCAUAGUACACCGGGAUGUGAAGGCCAGCAACAUUUUGCUUGACUCUAAUCUGGUCCCAAAAGUUUCUGAUUUCGGGCUUGCCAAACUUUACGAUGACAAGCAAACCCACAUGAGUACCAAAGUGGCAGGAACCAUUGGAUACCUAGCGCCAGAGUAUGCCAUGCGUGGACACCUAACCGAGAAAACGGAUGUGUAUGCCUUUGGCAUCGUGGCUCUUGAGCUUAUCAGUGGAAGGAAAAACUCUGAUGUGAAGCUGGAGGGUGAGCAAAGAUAUCUUCUUGAAUGGGCAUGGAACCUACACGAGAAAAGCCAGGAAGUAGAACUAAUAGAUAGCGAGUUGAGUGAAUUCAACAUGGAAGAAGUGAAACGCAUGAUAGGCAUUGCUCUCUUGUGCACACAAUCAUCUUAUUCCUCGAGACCACCCAUGUCAAGAGUAGUGGCCAUGCUUUCAGGAGACGUUGAGGUCAGUGCUGUCACCUCUAAGCCAGGCUACCUAACCGACUGGAGUUUUGAUGACACCUCAAAAUCAUCUUUCAACGUCUUUCAAACUAAAGACAUAGGCGCUUCUGCUACUUCGUCCUACUCCACGAGUUUUGUGACCCCCAAAGACAGCGACUUUAAGCCAAUGGCUGGAGUCAAGAUCAAUGAGGCGAGAUGA